ACUCAAAAUCAACUGCAGGCUAUAUCAUCAUGUCAGCUUGAAUAAAACACUUAAAAAGCAACACCGACGUUUACUUUUCUCUUCUACAUGCAACAACUCUGUGAGAAACUUCUGCCCCAAUUCUUCGGUGAAAUUUUUUUGUUGCCAAGUUUUCCAGCUUUGAUGUUCCAAAUCUCAGUCUAAAAUGGUGUUAAACUGAUGUUCAGGUAACUAGUUAGACAUAUGGAGAAAUUAUCUAGAAAUUUAUUUCUUGGUGAAAAUAGCUGUAAUAAUUCUCAGAGCAUUGAAAAAUAUCUUCAGAAUUGGAAGCUCCCCCCUUCUUCAGCCUCAGAUAUUUACAAGCGAAGUGGUAUUUUAAAUUACAGUCAUCGGUUCAAACUCAAAACAGUGGAGGAAGAAAUUCCUUUAUCUGAUGGAUACGCCUCUUUUAACCUCUUCUCCGAUGAUCUCAAAUUGACUUACCGAAAAUUUGAUUACCUUCAUUUAGGAAGAGUUGAGGUUGCUUUGAAACCCACAAAACUAGAUUCAAACAAAUCUACAACCAUCUGUCUUCGUAAUAAGAGCACAAUCUUGAGCAUGGUUGAAUCAAGUUUAAGCGAAGGUCCAAUUUACUUCUCCUACUUCUAUUCCAAUUCUAAUUUUGAUUUCACUUUGUCUGAUCCUGAUUUGGCUACUAGCUUAACCCUUGAUAUCAAAAUCGACGGAUCUAAAUCUACUGAGGAAGAAAAAGUAGUAAUUCUUAUGUUAAGGUUUCAAUACAAUGUGAUGAAAGGGUAUCAGCUUGUCCGAAGUAAAAGUUAUCAUUUUGUUAAGGAGAGUGGAAGAACAACAUUGUAUGUUACUAAAGUUGCUCAAAACAACCGUGUGGUGUCGAGAAAGAUCAUUUGGGAUAGGGUUUUGGUACCGGAAAGGUGGCUGGUUGAGAACAAUGCCGCCUUUUCGAAGGAGCAACCCCGUGGUAAUGCUUGCGUGGAUUGGAAGGAGGCGGCGGAUGCGCAUGUGUUGAAGGUGGAUGUGCCUGGAUUCGGUGAAGAGGAAGUGAAGGUUGAGAUUGAAGCUAGUGGUGGAAUUCUCCAGAUCAGUGGAGAGAGAAGGGAGGAGAGGGGGGAGGAGGGAUACAAGUGGCACUGCGUGGAGAGGGGCGGUGGAAUGUUCCUGCGCCGGUUCAAGUUGCCGGAGAAUGCCAAGCUGGAGGAGUUGACGAUGGGGUUGGAGAAAGGGGUGCUGACGGUGACGGUGCCGAAAAUUAAUCAAGUGUUUGGUUAAUUAACCAAAUAGUUUUAUGAUUAAUAUUUGUUGUGGUGGUAAUUCUAUAUAUGUUGGCAGGUGGUUAAGUUUUAAGACUAUUGUAAUUAGUCUAGUUCUGUUCUAUGUUAAUUUCGCAUCAUCAAAUAUUAUGUAAGAAAAAUAGUUCCAAUUGUGGUUGACACAUGUCUAAUGUAAGAUUAAUGUACCUCCUCUUGAAUUUCUUGACAAUGUAUCAUAAUAAUUAGUGUAA